GUGACUGACAGUAAACAGAGCUUACUGUAAUGCGCACAAAGAUAUGGAAACACUCCUCUUAGCACAAGUACUCUUUCGUUAGCACAAAAAACAGAAGAAUAUAUGUCGAUGUGUGGCGUUCUCAACUUACAUGGACCGGUAACAGCAUUUACCAGCUAGUUGUUAACUGCAGGAGUCAAGGAGCCACCUGGGUGCAAGAGCAGAGUCAGAGGGGAACACUGGGGAUUGGAGUGAGAUGGAGGCAAUGAAUCAGCAGUCAGACCCAAAUCCUGGAAAAAUGGAUGAGGCUCCGGCUCCAGUUGAAGGUCCUUCCUGUUUGACCACUAAAGAACUUCAGCAGAACUUGAAGACUGAGAAGCAGAGGCAGCGGCCUGUCAGGCUGCUGUUUGAAAUCCCAUCAGCACGAAUUAUUGAACAAAGCCUGUCCAAAUACGUGGUGUACCAGGUUGUGUUGAUCCGCUCUGGAAGCUUCGACUCCAGGCGAGUAUCAGUGGAGCGUCGUUACAGCGACUUUUCCCGCUUCCACCAGCAGCUGCUUGAAGAAUUCAGUGAGGAGCUUGAGGAGGUAUCACUCCCCCGCAAACUCCUGACUGGGAAUUUCAGCCCAGAGAUCAUCUCUGAACGUCGGUUAGGUCUCCAAGAUUACCUAGCUAAACUCUACGCAAUCCGCUGCAUUCGCUAUUCGCGCCAUUUCCCGGAAUUUUUCACCGAGCAAGAGCAGAGGCAGGCACAUGGUCUGCUGCGAGCGGGACAGUUCAAACUCGCUCUGGAGCUGCUGCAGACUGUUCUACAAAUUCAGGAGAAGCUGGUGCCAUGGCAGAGCCCCGUCCUGCUUGUGCCGACACUAUGUGCCCUCGCCGUCUGCCACCGUGACCUGGAGGAACCGGAGCAAGCGUUUCAAACUGCACAAAGGGCCCUUCCUCCAGUGAGACGCUACGGCCUCAAAAACUACAGAGCACCACUGUUAGAGCUCCUGGUGGAUUUGGGAUACCAGCUGAGACAUCCCGUGGCUCGGUUACAAGACGAACUGACUGUGCUGAGGGACAGCGAAAGGGGGCUGGUGUCAUUUCGCUCCCUGAAGGAGUUGGUGGUGCAGGAGUUCAUCUAAGGACACAGUGCACUGGGGCAGAAUGUUGAACCUGCAAUGCACUGCUGCUGCUGCUCAUGUUAUCAUGUUAAAGGUAAAGAUAAGGGACUCAGCUCAGGGUGAGAAUGAUUCCAGACAAACCAGAUCGCUUGCAGAGUGUGCAAGAGAAUUUUUCCAAGGAAGGAGGCACCAACCACUGGGGGCUUAGCACAGCAAAUGGAUAAACUUCCAUGAACUAGAUCAAGGCUAUUCAAUUACAAAUUCAAUGGGACACAUUUUAAAACCAGGAAAUGUAGAUGGACCAUUUCAGCAGUCUAUUCAAAACCUUUUUAGCUUUUAGUAAUGGCACUUU